UUCCUUUGGCCCAACCUGGAGACGGCCCCCCUGUAGGACACUAAUCUUAGACUCUCCUUUGUCUGGUUUCGGAGUGGACGCAAGUGCUCAUGUCUUCCUCCACCACCUCAGAACACUAUAAACCCCUGGCUCCUGGCAGUAGGCCACAGUUCCUGGCUAUUUGGAUCCCUGUACCGCAGGUGCCAUCUUCCCAAGUAACCCCACCCUGAGGUCCAGACACCAUGAACCUUCCUUCUACAAAGGUUCCCUGGGCCACCGUGACACUGCUGUUGCUCCUGCUGCUGCCGUCUGCGCUGCUGUCGCCGGGGGUGGACGCACAGGCUCUGCCCGACUGCUGUCGCCAGAAGACGUGCUCCUGUCGCCUCUACGAACUGUUGCACGGCGCGGGCAAUCACGCAGCCGGCAUCCUCACACUGGGAAAGCGGCGGCCGGGACCCCCAGGCCUCCAGGGCCGGCUGCAGCGCCUUCUGCAGGCCAAUGGCAACCACGCGGCCGGCAUCCUGACCAUGGGCCGCCGUGCAGACGCAGAGCCGGAGCUGCAUCCCUGCCCUGGCCGCCGUUGUCCCACCGCAACCGCCACAGCCUUAGCGUCCGGGGGACGGUCCGGAGUCUAAACCCUAUUUCAGUCCCCGUCCUGGUCCCAACUUAUCCCCUCUGCUCGCUAAUGUCAGUCCCUAGAAAAAACUCAAUAAAGAGGAGAUCG